AUGUCGUACGUUAUCCGCCGAGCUGUGUCGACCCUUGUUCCUCCCAAGGUCGCCAAUCCAGAGGGUCUUGGAGCUGCUAAAAAUGCCGUGCGAAUGGCGAGAAUAGCCAAGUUCUACGAAAAGUUACCGAAGGGUCCGGCACCUCAGAGAGCACCUAGCGGACCUUUGGGAUGGUAUCAAGCCAAAUAUUUUGGAAAGAACCCUUCACCAGCUCCAAUUUGGCAUGUAAUUUUCGGAAUUAUGGCGAUGGGUUACAGCAUGGAGUACUAUUUCCAUCUUAGACAUCACAAGAACAACGCCCACUGA